GUCCUGGGAGCCGAGACCUGGAACACAGAGACCCAAGACUUGGCAGGGAGUGGGAAAAACCUCAGAAUGACUCUGGCAGAUAUCAUCAGGCUGCAGAGGCAGAAAGAAGGGUCUCAUUCCCUCCAGGAGUCUUGGGGCUGUGAGAUGCAAAAGAACAACCCUACCAGGGGCUUCUGGGAUUUCUACUAUGAUGAGGAGCCCUUCCUCUCCUUUCACCCUGUGACUCACAGCUGGACAGUGCACCCUUCCUCGGCUCAGACUUUGGCUAUGAAAGUCAAGAAGCACUGGAAAUCGGAUGAUAGUCCAAGCAAGGCUCAAUGGGCCCAUGUGCAAGGAACAAUUUGUGGAAGACUCCAGAGAUAUCUGAACUCCUGGAUAGCCUUCAAUAAGACAAUAGUGUCCCCAAUAGUGACUGUUACCUGCGGUGAGGCCUUGGAGGACACCAUCAACGCCACAUGUUGGGCUUUUGGGUUCUAUCCCUGGAUUAUCUCUCUGACUUGGCUUCAGGAUGGGGAACCCCUGAACCAGGACACACAGCAGUCUGGGAGUCUUUUACCAUAUGGGAAUGGGACCUACCAGACCUGCGUGUCCACCAGGAUUCCUCAAGGACAGGAGCAGAGAUUUUCCUGCCAUGUGCGACAUAGUGGGAAAGAGAGCACUGGCACUGUGCCCUGUGGAGGGAGACAAUUUCAGCUGCAGAGGGUUCAGCUCAGGAGCUCACAAGUCCUGAAUCAUCAGCAGAUGGUGAAGAGGAACCAUAACAGCACCUUGCAGCUUGCGUCAAGCUUCCAGGGUGAUGCUGUGGAGCACAUCUGCCCUGAAGAGUUGGAGCCCUAGUGUGAUGAACUAGAGAAUCACAUUGAUGGACAGGACAGGGUUGGAACUUUGAGGUGUCCUUAUGCUGAGCAAUAGGGGUCAGUUGGCCUGGGGGAAAAAAGUGACUGGCAGGUGCUUAUGGCCUGAGAUAUUGUGAGUAAGCGACCCAGAAUGUGUGUGAAUCAGACACCAGCAUCUGCCACCAUCAGUCCAGCUGAAGCAUGCAGAGUGGUGGGGAAGAAGACACUCCAUUUUGAAGAAUAUGACUUUUUAUCCCUAGGGACAUUUCUCUUCUCAGAGUUUCCAAAAUCAGAUUCAGAGUCUCUGUGAGA